CCACACAACACACCACGCACCACACACCACACGCUACAGCAGUCACAUAGACCCCACUGAGCACCCAUCCAAGCCCAUACAUGGUUGGGCGUCCCCCCGGUCAACGAAACAAGAAGCGUGGCAGCUGCCAAACAAGAACAGGUGGUCGGUUCGGCGCGAAAGCGGCCGCGUCACCAUCCCCCGCUGCGGACACUUCACCGCCACAUGACCACCACGACACAUGUUAUGAAGGAGACGAGGAGGACCACAGCAGCAGCCAACACAGCAGCGACAGCAGUAGUCACUAUGGCAGCUGCAGCUCGGGGAGCUCGGGCCGUGUCAAGCGUGAUGGCACGAGCAAACGACAGCGCAGGCGCCGCCGGCAACAGCAGCGAGAAAAAGAAGAAAAGAGGGGCUUUCGCACUCUUUUUCAGAUGUGGGCGCCGACUCCACCGCCUCCGCCCGGCAGCACUUUCGCCCCCACCUCUACAUAGACCGAAAGCUAGGCGGGACAGUUUGAGGACGGGGCGGUUGUGUUCGAGGUUGAGGGAGGUGGAGACGACGGUGACGAGCUCUGCAAUUGGUUUGGACAAGAUGCCAUGGAGCAGGUGGAUGUGUGUCUGGACGCGUGCAGUUCCGCGUCUGAGGGGCUCAUCUUUGGGGGAUACGCUGGCGACUCGGCUGACUGCACGUCGUCAGAAGAGUCUAACAUGGAGUGGAGCGACGUGGAGCAGACGUUGGAGCAGACGCCGAAGCAGCCGUCGCAGGGAGCGUUGCAGAAUCCCGAUCGGUGCGCAGAUCGAGAUUCCGCCGCACAGCGGAAAUCAUGCCGCAUCCAGCCGGCGGCUACUGCCGCGGCGCGGGCGCGGAAACCGCGGCCAAAGGGCUUGCCAGCUGGCCCAGGAAGAGGAAAGAAGGAGAAGCAAUGUAACCCCAAGCGCAGGAGAGUGUCUCGCAAGGAGCAACGAAGGCGGGAGAGGAGGUCGAAGAAAUCCGGGAGACGGCGCGCAGUGCGGGAAGCGGCGCGUUUGAAGGUGCAGCAAGAGCGGCUAGAGAUCUUCGAACAGGCGAAGGGUAUUCUUUUUCCGGCGGUCCGGCACUUCCGGCUGGAAAACAUCGUGGAGAACCCGGACGAGGCGCUAGCAACCGACAACAAGAAGGGGUACGCCAUGAGACAGGCGUCCGCCAUCUUGACCUUCGUGUCGCUAGAGAUUGCUGAUGGACUUCACCCCAUCAAGCACAGCGAGGUUGCGGCGCUUCCGGUCGGCGUGACCGGUAAAGUGGUUCGGGCGUGGGUGCGUGAUUUUGUCAACGGCAAGAGGUUCAAGGUUCGCGUGCGGGACUACGCUGCUCGCAACCUGCUCUCGGUAAUCAACGACGAGGACUUUCGCGAAGAGUCGCGCGAGUGACUGGACGCCAAGAUAUAGGGCCGCAAGGAGGGG